AUAUCUUCCACUGUUGUUUGUUUACAGGGUGCGUACUACGUUGUCAAAAAGUUUUUCUUUUCACCUGUGUUUUUUUUCAUGAAAAUUCAUAGAGAAAGGUAACGAUGUCGAGUUCAGAAGGUGAAUUUGAGAGUGCUGAUGAGGAUUUUGCUGUGGAAGAGAAGAAAAGUGCAAAAAAGGAAAAAGAAGAAAGUGUUUCUGUGAAAAUUACCAGUGACAACAAAAAUCAAAUCGUGGCUAGAAAAUCGUCAUCGGAAAUCCAAUCUGGGCUACUCGAGGCCAUAGCUGAUGUGAAAAUUGAUACAUCUGCUGAGGAACAUAGUUCCAGAGAACCAGAAAUUCAGGAAAAAUCUCCAGAAAAGGAAGAUGACUCAAAGAAAUCCAAUAAACGAUCCGUUCGAAAGAUCGAGAAACCUUCUCGUGAAGGAAAACCUAAACCAAUGAAGCUGGGUAUGAAAUUAAACAGUCCUACAGGCCCUAGAGACCCCUCCUCAAAAGAAUCCGCACCAUUUACCGUGGUACAGGCCCCACCAGAGCCCAAAAUUGUGCCCCAGGCUGAGCCAAAAGACCCUGAAAAGCAAUCAAAUGACGGAUGGGACUUCGAUGAUUGGGGAGAUAGUGAUGCAAUCGAUAGCAAGAAAGACCAGGGUGAGGCAGAAGACAAAGACGGAUGGGACAGAGAUGACUGGGAAUCGGAUGAUUGGGAAAAACCAACGAAAUUCGACACUGAAGAUUCAAAAAAAUCCGGAGGAGAAAAUUUAUACAGUGUUUUUCCAGUUCUCUCAGAAAUUUCCCAGCAAAAACCAUCGGAAACUGAAAAAAAUUCAGGAAUCUUUCAGAAUCUAUCGAGAAUGAUUAAAACCUCCCAAGCCUCAUCAUCCUAUGAUACCUUUCCUGUUUUGGGUGAAUUGGGAACAAAGCAAACAUUCAGUGAACCUCCUCAGGAUGAAAUGCAAAAACCCAAGGAAAAAGAGGAGGAAAAACUUUCCAGUGUGUUAGAUAAAUUGUCCAAUGAUACCUCGAAAUCCCAAUCAUGGGGCUGGAAGCCAUGGGGAGGAUUCUCGACGCUCCUUUCAACGGCAUCAGAAGGAGUAGCAACCCUUACUCAUGGCUUGUCUUCGGUUAUUGAGACAGGAAUGGGUGUUCCAGACCCAGCAGAUUUAGCCAAAGCUCAGAAGGAGGAAGCCGCAAAACGUGGGGAAGGUGAACCUGAUGGAACUGUAACUCCGAGUUCAGAAACUUCAGAUAGCAGCAAAAAAUCCGAGGAGAGGUCAUUAAAAUUCGGUCAACUGGUUUCGGGUGUUCAGCAAAUUGGGAACAAAGUGAUAAGCGGUGGCUUGGACACCCUCGAGGGUAUUGGGAAAAAGACAAUGACGAUACUCCAAGAGAAUGAUCCCGGACUCAUGAAUAAGAGGAAAAUGCUCGGGUUGGAGAGCGAGAGACCCGUACUAAGUCAGAUUUUGCGAGAAGCCAAGGAAAAGACGGAGGAGACUGAGAGGCAGAUGAAGCAGAUGCAUAAACAUCUCUACAGAAAACAAUUGCACUUUGAGACCCUUUUCGACGACUACUGCGGUUUAGUGCACCUUGAGGCACUGGAAAUCCUCUCAAAGCAAUGCGUCCUGAAACUCCAGUCCCUGCUGGCUCCGCUGACGGGGAAGGCACUUCAGGAGAUGCAGGAGACCAUUGGGGAGGUCAAGGAACUGUGUGAAUUGCCAGAGAUGGAGGCGGAUGAUGCAGAUGGGAUGCACACGGUUGAGGAGUUGAGAGAAAAAUUUGGGACGGCUGUUGAAGAUUUGGGCAUUGAGGUGGACUUCAGGGAGAUCCUAGAGAGUUGGCAAUCCUAUACAAAUUGGCUGAUGGAGAAGAACAUGAAGCAGAGUAGGGAAAUUCACGAUAAGGCCCUCCAUUGCCUGGCAGAGACGACAGCUCUUUGCGUGUGCAAGAUGCACAAAUUGGCAGAGUUGAUUUUGGUGCUGGAUCAUCACAGUACAGCCAAUGAAGCAGACAGCCUGGUUCAGUUGACGACGAUUUUCUGCUGGCACUUGAAUGGAAUUGCUGCGAGAUUUGGGGAUCUACUCAGUGGACCUGGCGUGAGUGUAAAUCCCGAUGAGGAAGCUGAUGAUCCCAAUAGUUUGAUAACGUCGAUUUUCCUCGAGGGUUCAAAUAGCACGUCCUACGUUCAGAAUGCCUUCCAACUCUUCAUACCCAUUCUUCAACUAGGAGCCGCGUGAGCAUCACUUAUCAACUUUGUUAAAUAUCCUAAGGUCUUUUUUUAUCAUGUAUUAAAUACAGAGAUAUCCCAAAAAAAA